AUGAGGACACUUUUCCUUUUCAUGAUCUCACAUCUUCUGAGGGGGGGUGUCUCCACCACAGCCCAAUCUGUUAUUUCUCCUAAUAAUGACCUUGUUGUCAUGCCUCACGAUCCAUCUCCUCCACAUCAUAUGCCUAUCUUGCCUUCAACAAAACAAGAAUCAAUGCAACACAAUGAUCAUGCACCGGAUGAACCUGAUAUAUCCUUCAAGGUUGUCCAAUGUUCCCACGCAUCCUAUGGUGACUCGUUUGGCGUGAGAAAUAACUAA